AUGGCGCCGGCGAACCAGCAACAGCGCUGUGACAAAGGCGGGGGAGGCGGGGAAGCUCUCGGUGAGCAAAGCAAGCAAGUAAGCCAGCAGUCGCCAGCAGUCGCCAGCAAAUAUCUCACAGCUUACUCUGGCUGGUCGGCUGGUUGUUCAUUUGGUUCAGAUCGACAAAUGGCGGGAAUAGCGAACAGUCGAGGAGUCAUCCUUCCAGGUCCGAGAGCGCUGCUUGCUUGCCUGGGCCGUCCCCAACAGGCAAAGACGAUACAGUUAUCACAACGCUACGGUGCAUGUCACCAUUCUAGUGUCCAGCCAUCCAGGCUGCUAGUCAUGCGAACUCAACCCCCGCCUUUCCCAAGGUUCUCAUCAAACUUAACCAAACCACCGCUGCCUAUGCCGCCAAGAAAAUAUGUUUUGUCACUCGCAUUGCAGACGUUGGUUCUCCACUGGCAAGCUCGGCCAUUCAAGUGUAAAGCAGAACGUGAGAAAGCAAAGUGGCCGGAUCAGGGGUCUGCCCCAAGAGGCAAGCCGGACAAGACCAGUCGCUCUCCGGACCCGAAGCCCCAUUGCGUCCGGGUCGAAGCCGACCACCCGAUCUCUACCUGA